AGCAAUCAGAUGGCGAGUGAUAUAGAACCGGGGCUUGGUUCCACUCGGCGUUGGUUAUCAUUUCUAAGCGGCACGGUUUGUAGAAGAGAUACAUAGGAGAGAUGAUCAAUUAUUUAGAUAGUGCAAGCUCUGUGACUGGAGGAGGGGCAGCUUCCUUUUAUUUUUGAUUUACCUUUAUUUACUACUUUUGUAAGAGCUAAGUUGCCCAGGAAUCAAAGGACAGUGUAAUUCAGGCAAAAUCCAUAUCUAUUCGUGAAUUUGAAGAAACUCAGCAACUCAUAGUUAUCCAUAUACUUCAACUCCUUAACAAUGUCUAGAUUCUCUCUCAAGGGCCGUACAGCUCUGGUAACAGGCGGCGCACGAGGAUGCGGCCUGGCCUUUGCAGAGGGCCUCGCAGAAGCUGGCGCAGACGUCGCUAUUUUCGACGUAAUAGAUCCAGCUGAAGGAUUUCACAGCAUUGCCAAUAAAUAUGGCGUCAGAACUGCAUUCUACAAAGUCGACGUCAGCUCCAAAGACUCCCUAGAAGACGGGUUUGCCAAUUUCAGCAUCGACUUCGAUAACAAACUAGACAUCUGCGUGCCCUGCGCGGGCAUAAACAGACAUCUUACCUUCUUAGAAUACACCUACGAAGCGCACCGGGAACUGCUCGACACAAAUGUCAUGGGCCUGUUUUUCACAGCGCAGCUGGCCGCUAAGCAGAUGAUUGCCAACGAGACCAAGUGCGGUAGCAUCGUGCUGGUUGCGAGCAUUGCGAGCUACAUGGCGAUUAAGGAUCAGAAUAGCUCGGCGUAUUGUGGGACCAAGGGGGCUGUGAAGGCGAUGUGUCCGGCUAUUGCGAAGGAGUUGGUGCCUUAUGGUAUUAGAGUUAAUUCUGUAUCGCCUGGAUAUGUUCGGACGGAGAUGACGGCUGCAUUCCCUCACCUCAUUGAGAAGUGGAAGACCGAUAUCAUGAACCACCGGUUAGCAGAGCCCGAUGAUAUUAGGGGCGCUUGUGUGUUUCUGGCAAGUGAUGCUAGUUCGUAUAUGACUGGGCAGGAUAUUUGUGUGGAUGGAGGCGUCACGAAAUGGUAACUCAUUUGGUCAAGGAGAAUGAUCACCUGUAUAUAAAUUAAAUGGAAGCUAUCAAAUCCCAUGUCGACGUGACAGUAUGCUUAUUCUUCAAAUUCGCUUGCUAGUUUAUUUUCUAAGCUUUUAUUUCAAC